UCCUUUCCAGUCUGUAUCUAAACCCCCCCUCUCAGCCUCUCUAGCUCUCCCUCCUUUCCAGUCUGUGUCUACCCCCCCCCUCCCCUCCCUGCUCUCCUCUUUCCGUUCGUGACGGAGAUAAUCUCUCCCUGAUGCUGAUGGUUUGGGCCUGUGCAUGAUGUUGUUCAUCCAGCCGCCAUCAUUCAACGGAGAGAAACAGAGAGUCUCGCUUUUCAAAUGGUCUAUUUCUACAUCACUCCCUCGUUCGUUCGGGACCAGAUCCUCUCGGCAUUCGUAAUCUAAAUCUGGUCUGAUUUCUGGUUGGUCGAUCUACAUUAAGGGGACGGAACCACAGCAGUCUGUUGCUAGCAGCGGAAAGUACUUAUGGCGAUGACCCCCCACACCGCUGAGGUAGCUCGUCUCUACCAGACAGAGUUUAUCCGUAGCGCCCGGGCGGUGGGCGUCCUCUGGGCUGUGUGUACCCUCUGCUUCGCCAUCAUCGAGGUUGUCAUCCUAAUACAGCCCUCCUGGGUGGGCACCAGAGAGGUUCACUACCAGGGAGGGGGCCCCGUGCCAAAGACUGGUACCCUGGGACUGUUCGAGGUGUGUGUGGAGUCUGAUUGGCCGGUUCCAGAGUGUCGUGGCUCACUGAGCACUCUGACCCCUCUCCCAGCCUUCCAGUCCCCUGCUGUGCUGGUUUGCAUGUCCCUGACCAUGGUCUGGAGCAGCGUCGGCUGCCUCUCCCUCUUCAGAUUCUGCAACGCCGCCACCGUCUACAAGAUCUGCGCUUGGCUGCAGCUUACUGCAGGGUUCUGCCUGGCUCUCGCCUGCGUGCUGUUCCCUGACUCGUGGGAUUGUGCGGACAUGCGGGACCUGUGUGGUGAUGGGGUGACCAGUUUCUCCUCCGGAAACUGCUCUGUCCACUGGGCCUUUGUCCUGGCCUUGUUGGGGGUCCUGGAUGCUGCCAUUCUUGCCACUCUAGCCUUUGUACUGGGCAACCGACAGGACGCUUUGCUACCAGAGGACACCAAGGAUGUGACAGGGUUUCUGCUGUCUGCUUAGACUGGCUGGUCCCCAUUCUGUGUUAUAUAUAUCUAUAUAGGUGAGGCUUCUCAGUCACUUACUAAGAUAGCCCUCCAGUCUGUGUUAUAUAUAUCUAUAUAGGUGAGGCUUCUCAGUCACUUACUAAGAUAGCCCUCCAGUCUGUGUUAUAUAUAUCUAUAUAGGUGAGGCUUCUCAGUCACUUACUAAGAUAGCCCUCCAGUCUGUGUUAUAUAUAUCUAUAUAGGUGAGGCUUCUCAGUCACUUACUAAGAUAGCCCUCCAGUCUGUGUUAUAUAUAUAUCUAUAUAGGUGAGGCUUCUCAGUCACUUACUAAGAUAGCCCUCCAGUCUGUGUUAUAUAUAUCUAUAUAGGUGAGGCUUCUCAGUCACUUACUAAGAUAGCCCUCCAGUCUGUGUUAUAUAUAUCUAUAUAGGUGAGGCUUCUCAGUCACUUACUAAGAUAGCCCUCCAGUCUGUGUUAUAUAUAUAUCUAUAUAGGUGAGGCUUCUCAGUCACUUACUAAGAUAGCCCUCCAGUCUGUGUUAUAUAUAUCUAUAUAGGUGAGGCUUCUCAGUCACUUACUAAGAUAGCCCUCCAGUCUGUGUUAUAUAUAUAUCUAUAUAGGUGAGGCUUCUCAGUCACUUACUAAGAUAGCCCUCCAGUCUGUGUUAUAUAUAUCUAUAUAGGUGAGGCUUCUCAGUCACUUACUAAGAUAGCCCUCCAGUCUGUGUUAUAUAUAUCUAUAUAGGUGAGGCUUCUCAGUCACUUACUAAGAUAGCCCUCCAGUCUGUGUUAUAUAUAUCUAUAUAGGUGAGGCUUCUCAGUCACUUACUAAGAUAGCCCUCCAGUCUGUGUUAUAUAUAUAUCUAUAUAGGUGAGGCUUCUCAGUCACUUACUAAGAUAGCCCUCCAGUCUGUGUUAUAUAUAUAUCUAUAUAGGUGAGGCUUCUCAGUCACUUACUAAGAUAGCCCUCCAGUCUGUUCAGGCUACAUUUGAAGUUGUUUGGAUGUUGAAUUUGGGGGAAUUGAAUGAAAAUGUAAUUACUUGACUCACUCUUUCCUCUCUCUCUCUCUCCCCCAUAUGUAUAUCUAUCCCCUCAUUAUUUUCAUAUCUCACUCUUUCCUCUCUCUCUCUCUCUCUCUCCCAUAUUUAUAUCUAUCCCCUCAUUAUGUUCAUGUCCCUCACUCUUUCCUCUCUCUCUCAUUAUUUUCAUGCAUCUCACUCUUUGGGUCCUUCCUGCGCUGUGUUGUCUUUCCUGUUCUCUUCUGGAACCUUCCCUUUGUUUCCUCCUGUCUUCCUUUUCUCCCGUGAUGUCCUCCUCUAUCCAUCUUCAUUGGGUCAAUAAACACGCUGGAGGAAGAACCCUCUGACUCCUCCCCUUGGUAUUACAUCACCAUGCAUAUCCUGGUUACAUAAUGUCCCUGCAUGGAAACGGUCACCUGGCAACAGUAGACCUGGAGCUGUGUUCUACUCCCUGAGACUGAAGACAAUGAUCCCCUGGAUGUUUUAAACCCUUGAGAGGCGACCGGCGCUGGACUACGAAGGAGGGAAGAUGGUGACACACCGAGAUAUAGGACAUUAGUGCUGUUACAGUUCAUUUAUGACGGAUUAUAUACAGAUAUAUUUCUCAAUGUUCAGUGUUUGAGAGACAGUGUUUUGUAGGCGUGUAUGAAUGAUGUUUUUAAUGUUGUUUUUCCCCUUUAAUAUGAGAGAAUAUUUUUGCCUUAUUUCCAUAUCCCCCCGCCCGAGGGAGGCUAGAUGUGAUGAGGAUGCUUGAGAAAAGCUUUCUUGUAAAGUUUUCGUGUCUUAGAAAAAAUUCCAUGAACUUUAUAGAAUAGUAUAUCCUUCUUUCUUUUUCUUUUUAAUCGGUGUAAAUAUACUUUGUUUGUGUAUCAAACACCUUUGUGUUUAUACUAAGCCUGAUAUUGAGUCAUUUGUCAAAUUCUGUUAUUGUGUGCAUGUUUUACUGUAGUGCCAUUUCCAGUAAAUGUGUGAGAUAUUGUAUUUCUUUGUAUUGUGUAUUGUGUAUUGCCUGUACUGGGAUUAGAAGGCAACACUCACUCUACGACACGAUAUUAAAACGUAUUCCAUCUCGAAACGCAA